GUGCGGAGACAAUAGGACGCAGAGCCGGAGGAGGCUGCAGGAUGCUCGGCACCAUAUCCACAGACGCUGCUCGGAUGUGCGGAGGCUUCUCGCAGGACACCGACAUCAGACGUUUCUCCGGGCUCACCUGGCCUUAGUAUGCGCUCACAUCUCCCCGUGUGUUUACCAGCAGCAGCCUGGGCCAACAGGGCGGACUUCACAGCCACCAUAUGGGAACCAACUGAAGGUGACACCAGCUGUUAGCUGCUUCUGCCCCUCCUGUCCUGCCUGAGCGUCCGUUUCCCACUUCUUUCCCGCCCGGUGUGUCCCCUGUAGCAGUCCCCAGCAUGAGCUCCUCUCCGCUAGUUUCCCGAGCCAACAUGGACAUCCUGGAUGAGCUCCAGCUGAUUGCUGCCCAGAACUUGGAGAGACUAGAGGUCAACAAGUACUACGAGGUGAUCAGAGAACUGGGCAAGGGUACCUAUGGCAAGGUGGACCUGGUCAUUCACAAGAUCAGAGGUACAAAAAUGGCACUUAAGUUCCUGAAGAAGAAGACAACCAAGCUGAAGUCUUUUCUGCGGGAGUACAGUAUCUCCCUCUACCUGUCUCCGUGCCCCUUCAUCAUCAACAUGUUUGGCAUCGCCUUCGAGACCGAUGACUAUUACGUGUUUGCGCAGGAGUAUGCUGUGGGAGGAGACCUCUUCGAUAUUAUUCCUCCACAGAUUGGUCUUCCUGAGGUGGUGGCAAAGCGCUGUGUACACCAAGUAGCGAUUGCUCUGGACUACCUGCACUGUAAGAAGCUGGUCCAUCGGGACAUUAAGCCUGAGAACAUCCUUAUUUUUGACCGAGAGUGCCGCAAGGUCAAGCUCUCUGACUUCGGCAUGACUCGCCGGGCUGGCUCACCAGUGAAAAGAGUCAGCGGCACCAUCCCCUACACGGCUCCAGAGCUCUGUGAUGUGUCCCGCCACGAGGGUUUCUGUGUGGACUACAGCACUGAUGUCUGGGCCUUCGGUGUGCUGCUGUUCUGCAUGCUGACUGGUAACUUCCCUUGGGAGAAGGCACUGCCCUCGGACUCUUUCUACCAGGAGUUCAUCCGCUGGCAGAGGAGGAGGACAAACACGGUGCCGUCACAGUGGAGACGCUUCACCGAGCAGGCCCUUCGUAUGUUCCGACGCCUGCUCUCGGUGGAGCAGGACCGCCGCUGCUCCGUCAAAGAGGUGUUCGGGUACUUCAGCCACUCCUGGAUGUUGGACGCAGAGAACGAUAACAACAAUGGCAACACAGUUGCUGGAGGUGGUGGUGAGAGAGUUGGUGGCGGUGGUGGUGGUGGAGAAGGAGGAGGGGGAGGAGGAGUGCGAGGUGAGGUGGAUGGCACAAUAUCAUCAUCAUCAUCUGGGGAAGAGGAUGAGGAGCUCCUAGUGGAGAGGAUGAAGCAGCAGACUCUGUCGCCUCGCUCCCCAGUGCUGCCCAUGGCAGUGGAGAGAGGGAGUGGUGGUGGCGGGGCCAAAGGAGGGAUGAUGGAACCAGGUGGGGGCCACCAUUUCGUGUCUGUUUCGACCAACAGCUCCGUGUCAUCGACCAACAGCUACGAUCGAAUGCCCAGAGAAACCGGUUCACCUGGCGGCCGCAUGCUAGUUGCGACGCCCAUAGAAAUCUGCGUCUGAGCAUGCUCGAACCUUGCCACAGACUCACCAACACACUUUUAUACCUCUCAUCCAACCACGUAGAUGUGCAUGCAUGGGAAAAGAAACAAAGCGAUAACAAGUACUAACACUCCUCCUGUUUAAACAUCGUGGGAACAGAAGAGCACACACACGGGAAGACUUCUGAGGACGUCUUUGCAGAAUGCAUACAUUCCUUGUGAUCGGGCGAAUGUCCUCUAAAGGAGUCCUGUUUUACUCUUUGAAUUCAAUGACAUGUUCAAAUGCAGUCUGGGAAUAAAUGAAGAAAACAAUCGCUUACAUUAGAGUGUUUAUCACUAAAUUGAUCUGAAAAGGAGACCAAAAUGUAUUAUUUAAAGCAAUACUUGCAGCAAAAAAGAAGAAAAAGAUGAAAAAGUAUGACAGGACGAACUCCCUGUAACCCUGUGAGCUCUUCAACACUAAUGAAAAAUUUUUUUUAAAAAAGCCAAGGGACAAAGGAUCAUUUUUUUUGACCGAAACAGAGCUCAAGUUAAUACCUUAUAAGGAUAAAAAAGAAAAAAAAAAAAAAAAAAAAAAAAAAAUCUGAAAGUGUGAAUGUUUCCGUGUGUGUCGCUGUGCGUUUGAAUCUAAAAGAAGUGGUUUCAUUUUUCUUUGAGAAUUCUAUUAUUUAUUUGAAUCUAUAAAAAAACAACAACAAAAAAAGGACUACGCAAUCUAUUUUUUCUAUUUUUUUGUAAGGUAGCACUCUUUGUUUCCCAUCUGACUCAACAUUGUGAUAUGGUGUUGAGGUAUAGCUGUGUAACAGGUAUGUUUGCUCCUGUACAUAUUGAAUACUUGUACAUUGUGUAAGAUGACCUACGGUUUUCCGAUGGAUUAUUCCGUAUCAGACUAGAGCGAGCCAAGGCUUCUGAUGUCUCUGUUCUUCAUGACAAACAUAUCUACUCCACUGAUGGAAGACUUUUCUACUCACUCCUGAAAUUCCGUUUGUUUAGCUUUCCUUUGAAGCUUUUUCCAAACAAACAAACAAACAAAAUCUGUCUGCUUUGCUUACAUUUUCAUCCUGACUUAACCGGAAAAUCGUGCAUUGUUUUAAACUUAUUGUCUGAAAAAGAAAAUUAAUCCGCUCCAAUUAAGUGUGCGGGGAGAAAAAAAAAAAAACUGAAGAGUCACGUUUUAUAAACUGCAUGACGAGUAGCUCAAACUUCAUGAAAAAUUUGAAUCGGCUUUAUAAAAAAAAAGAAAAAAGAAAAAGAAAAAGAAAAAGAGGUAAAAAUGGGUUAAAAAAAUUUUAAAUGUUGUGAUGUGAUAUUUUUUUGCAGUAGCACAAUUUCUUGCAUUGUGUCCCAGAGUGAAUAUUGCUGUUAUGACCUCUUGAGACAUCCCAGGGCUAAAAGGAAAAAAAAUCUGAAUAUACUGAGUUUCUAUCCAAUGUGAUGUAUUUGUAAUGCUGUUAAUGUUGUGCGCUCAUCUCACCACCUUCAGGAACUGGGGAAAAAAAACAGAAAAAAAAAAAAAGCUAAGCAUGAGGACAUAAAGCGAGAUUUGAAUUUAAAU